AUGCACCCUCGGAUACAGUUUUUCCACCGCUCCUUCACCAUACCCAUUGGAAAGGGGGUACGACAAGGCGAUACUAUAUCGCCGAAGCUGUUCACGGCUGCAUUGCAAUGGAUAAUGAAAUCACUAUCCUGGGAAGAAAGGGGCAUACGUGUUGAUGGAAGAUUUCUCUCGAACCUCCGUUUUGUGGACAGCAUUGUUCUCUUUUCGAGAAGUACCAAUGAAGCAGAAACGAUGCUCAACGAAUUGAACAAAGCAGAGAAGAAAAUAGGACUGCGGAUAAGUAGAAAGAAGGAACAGUUAAUGAAGAACGGCUAUUGCGAAAACGAAGAUGUACAGCUUGAAGGCUCCCAAAUCGUGGAAACUUCUUCGUACAUAUACCUCGGGCGUUCUAUGAAUAUGGAAAACGACUUGAAGGAAAAACUGAAUAGAAGGAUGAGAGCAGCGUUGGCAGCAUUCGCACCCGUCAGAAGUUACAGACCAACUAACGGACCAAGAUCUUCGUGCCCAUCUGUUCAACUCGACAGUUCUUCCAGCGCUCUGUUACGCAGCGGAGACGUGGACAAACACCGCGGCCACGUCUAG